GCCACCAACAAACACACACACACACACAGAAACAUGUGCACACACACAGGCACGUACAGACAUGCAUACACACAGAUACAUGUACAUACACAGAAAUACACAUGUACAUACACACAGACACAGACACAUGUAUGUACACACUCAUGUACAUACACACAGACACAUAUACACACACACACACACAUACAUGUACAUACACGCAAACACAUGUACAGAUACACACAUGUACAUGCAUACACAGACACACAUAAACACACACACAUGUACAUACACACAUGUACACGCAGACACAUGUACAGAUACAUACUUGUACAUACACACAGACACAUGUACAUGCAUACACAGACACACACAAACACACACACAUGUACAUACACACAGACACACACACCUAUAAAAAGUUGCAGUACUUCGUUGCUCACUCACAGAGCCGGGUACUGCACUCUAGGGGGAGGCAGAGAGCACAGCACACACUCCUUCCUUUGCUUUCACUGCGCUCAGCUAUUGAGCAGUCGGCUCCCAGUGCCAAUGACAGAUCUGGCCUGAGCUCUGAGCCUGCUCAGCAAGACGGCCCUGGGGAACACACCUGCCCCCACCAUAAUUUCCACUCGCCAUUGGCGAGCAGGCGAGUGGAAAUUUCAAGC